CAAAUGGCCUAGUUUUGCAUCACCAAAAAAUCCAGAGUGCCCAAAGCAAAGGAAAUAUGUCUCCCACACACUUGCUAGUCUUGUUCCUUUGUGUGGCGGUGGUUCUCACCACCACCACUCCCUCCGUCGCUGGCUUCCCCAAACCACCAUCUAAAGGUGAGAAGCCACCAAUGGAACACAAGCCACCAGUAGAGCACAAGCCUCCCAUGGGUGAAAAGCCAGCAAUGGAACACAAGCCACCUAUGGGAGAGAAGCCACCAAUGGUGCACAAGCCUCCCAUGGGUGAGAAGCUACCAAUGCAACACAAGCCACCAAUGGGUGAGAAGCCUCCAAUGGAGCACAAGCCACCAAUGGGUGAGAAGCCUCCAAUGGAGCAAAAGCCUCCUAUGGGUGAGAAGCCACCAAUGGAGCACAAGCCACCCAUGGAUGAGAAGCCACCAAUGGAACACAAGCCUCCCAUGGGUGAGAAGCCUCCAAUGGAGCACAAGCCACCCAUGGGUGAGAAGCCACCAAUGGAACACAAGCCGCCUAAGGGAGAGAAGCCACCAACUCAUGGUCACUAUCCAGGCCACCCUCCAAUGAAGAGUGGUGAAGCAGAAGUCAAGCUACCCAAGAAGAUGAUGCCUCCAACUCCAUAUAAGAAACCACCAACUCCUGAGAAGAAGCCUCCAAGUGUUCCCCACAAGCCUCCAUCACCUAUCAGCUCCAACUGAGUGACUUUGUUGGAAAUAAGAGCUGUUGCUAGCUGAUCAUAUGUGAUAUUGAUCAGUUGUUGUUACUGCUAGUGGGGAGUGCUACUGCUCUUUAUCUUUCUUAGUAUGCUUCUUGUUGUAGACACGUACUUAGUUUGCUUGUAAAUGAUAAUGAGCAAAGAUGCACUUAUUUGCUAAGUGUCAUCUAGAGUACUCAUAUUUUAGUUUGAAUUUCUCUCCAUCGAA